AUGCCCAGUUACGAUAAAGUGAUUGUGUUUGGUGCUACCGGCGCGGUGGGUUCUGCUGCUGCUCUGAGAGCCCAUAAGGAUGGUGCAAAGGUUUCGCUCGCAGUGCGCGAUCCUUCCAAGCCAAUUCCAAGCCUCGAUGGUAUCUCUUUUGAAAGGGUUCAGGCAGAUCUCACUCAGCCUGACACCGUUAAGGCUGCGGUUCACCAGACAGGCGCAAAGGCUGCUUUCAUCUACGCGGUCUUCGGUGCCCCCGAACACAUGAGGCCGGCCAUUCAGGCUCUCAGGGAGUCUGGCAUUGAGUUCGUUGUCUUUUUGAGCAGUUUUACUAUUAUGACUGAUAUUCGUGCUGUCUCUCCUACCGACUUUAUUCCUCUUCACCAUGCCCAAGUUGAAAUCGUUCUGGAAGAAGUAUUUGGUGACGACUCCUUUGUCGCUAUUCGACCCGCGUAUUUUGCAAGCAACAUUCUUCAGCAGAAGCUUGGCAUUGAACAGGGAGAGGUGAAGUUGCCAAACCCGGAUGCCAAGUUUGAUUUCAUCUCGCCCAAUGAUAUCGGCGCUGUGGCUGGUGCUCUUCUAACCACCGGUCAACGAGUCAGAACUGUUGGACUUCUUGGGCCUGAGAAAUUGUCGCUGAAGGAUGCCAUUGGCAUCGUCAGUAAUGCUCUAGACAAGCAAAUCACUGUGACUAAAAUCCCCGAAGAGGAGGCUGCAACAGUGAUGGUGAAGGCUGGCAUUCCUGCACCCCUGGCCAAUUGGCUCAUUCGCAAUGUCAUUGAUCACCCAAAUUACUUUUGGGAAUCCCCUGACGCAUCUACGGCUAUCGAUAAUGUCCAAAAGUAUUCGCACAAUUCCCCACAGUCAUUCCAGCAGUGGGUUGAGAACAACAAAGACAAAUUCUGA